UACAAACGCGGAUGGCGGAAAUAGGUCAAGUCUAACAUCUAUGUCAGCACGGGACGACUUGUCCACUGAAUAAACCACAAACACAUCGACGCCAGGUUCAACGAGUCGCCGUGCAGGUCGUCUGCUUGUCACACAGCGUCGCGCUUUGUUGACUUCCACACACACACCUGUGCCUGUUUUAAUGCAGCUCGCUGACACUAGCCAACCGGCUAUAUGAACCACUUCCGCCCGACAUGGACCUGGAUGUUCGGCACUAUCUGACCAAGGCAAAGGAGCAACAAGACUCCGCAGCUGUGCGGGCCGCCUACAAAUUGAUCGAGGCCACGACGGCAGCGGGAACCGGCGGGCGGAUGCGGCGCAUCGCCCCAGAGUUGUACGUCGAUUGUGCGGAAGCGGCUCUGCAGCUGGGCUGUUUGGAGAUAAGCACAGCGUGUCUAAAGAUGUACUUUGAAGGGAAUCCGCCAUCGAAUCAAUUUUUGUGCCGAGCCUACCUCUGCCAGGGCCAGCUAACGUCACCGCCGGCCAAUGGGAGUGUGGAAGACUUUGAGGAAGCUGUGGUAUAUUUUCUUAAAGCGAUUGAAAUUUCAAAGCUUGAAUCAAGCUACCACUUCAUGGUGUUCAACGCCUCGGUGCUGUAUUUCCAGACCGUGCGCCCCCUUCUGCUGCAGCCGGGGCGGUGCCUCCACCUGGUUCCUUCCCUCAGGCAGGUGGUGCAAAGUCUGGAGGAGGUGGCAGACCAAGACCACAGCUGGAGGGCUGAACUCACGAUGCACCUAAUCAAAUGUCUUAUCGAAUCAAAAAAAAUGGAGGAAGCUGCAGAACUUGCCAAAGUUACGGGAGAAUUGAUCAAGUCGCACUCCCCACAUCUUUAUCCAAGAUUCUUCAUGUUACUGGUACAACACAGUCUGACAGAAGGUGACGUCCUCAUCGAAAUGAGCAGGCAGAGUUACACCCUAGCAGUCAUUUACAAAAUACAGGAGUUCAAAAAAUUGGAGGAAAAUAAGGAUGGGCUGACGAAAGAGGAUUCUACCAAGCUUGAGGAGAUUUUCCAUCUCUUGGUGGAUUGUACCGACGCGUCCGCUGUGCCUGCAAACCUUAGCCCUCCCCAGAGUCCCAUCCAACCAGCUGACAGGGUUGCCUUCCUCCUUGAGUUGGCUCUGCUGGCCUUGCAAGUGAAGCAUCAGAGAGUUGCUGCCGACUGUUUGAAGGAGCUAAAGUUGGCGAGAGAGGCUAGUAUUGGCCAACGCAUAAUAAUGGAAUGUGUCAACAGUGAAAUCAACCUCCUGGAGAAAGAGGCGAAGAUGAAUGACUAUUCCAAAGCGCGUGUGGAGGCCUGGCUGAAGGAGAUAGGCAAGCUGGAUCAGUGGCUGCAGAGUGCAGUGAGAGAGGGAGACCCUCGGGCGGUGCAGGCAGUGUGUGCUACCCAGUGGAGAUUCUGCCUGCCCCUCUUGCAGCACAACCUCAGGAAACACACCAGGACACCUCUGCUCAGAGUGGCCCAAGCACUGGAAGACAUGCAGAGUUUGUUGCAGGAGAUGCGCUGCCAAGUCCACUCAGAGCUGGCUGUGAUUGAAGAGGAGGAGGGGCGGCUUGAGGCCUCUCUGACCCACCUUCAGAAAGCCAUGCUGCUGGAUAACGGGACGCAAGGCGAACGCCUGUCGUCAGCUCUGCGCCUCCUGCAGCUCAGAGCGACCCUCUACCAAACACCCUCCCGAGCUGAGGAUAAAGCUGCGAAGCUGAUGCAGCAGGCCAGAGACAUGUCCCCCCAAGAUAAGACAGACAUCCGUCCCAUCCUGGUUGCUGUCGGUCUCCUUUUGGGCCCUGAUGAUUUCCAGAUUGUUAUGGAUGGAGACAACAUCUCCAAAAUUGCUGAAGACAGUUUGGGAUCUGGACCAGUGGCUCAUCUCUCUGCUAAGGCUCAGCAUCACUCUGCAUCUUUACAGAAGGUGGACGGACACCUGGGCAGACGAGCCGGUGACACUGACAAUACAGAGAGGAUGAAGUUGUGGGCAACACUGGCGAAGACAGCCAGGAAACGGGAAGUUUGGGACGUGUGCCGAGCUGCUUGUCGUUUCUGUUUGCUUUACGAUAAUGGGGGAUGGAAGAUUUCCAAGGCUGACAAAUUCAGCUGCUCAGAUGAGGAGAAUGAAGAGUGUCUUGACGGUUGCAAUGAAAGCCAAACUUCUGUGAGGGACCACCUGCGCCUUUUAGCUGAAAUCCACUUCAUCAGUGCUGAGGCCACCGUCCUAAAACUGUUAACUGAGGGGGUGCAGCUCAACAGCCCUGCCGUCCCCCCACGGGAGGGAGGGGUUCAUGUGUCUGACGACGACCCACACUGGAUUAUUUUCAGAGACUGGGUCCAUGCUCUGUCUGCCUACGCCACCUCCAGCUUCUUACGGGCAGCGGAGCUCGGAUCAGAGAUCAUGGAGCCAUGGGUGGUUGCAAAUGCAGCCAUUUACCUGUGGAACUACAGCAGCCACUUAUUGGCGGCUGGGGAAUACCAACGCCUCCUUCCCCCUUUCCAGAGUCUGGUGGAGAUGCUACGGAAGAUUGAGUGCCCUGGCGCUGUGUUUCUCAGGAAUCCUACCCUGGUUGUGCUACUGUGUAAUGCUGUGGCCUGGGGGUUGAUCCAACCUGUGAUGGAGAAGGAUCCUUCUGUUCAAGGUGUUGCCUUAGAAGCUGCCCUGCAGGAUGUCCGCAAGGCGUUAGAGCUGUGUGACUACGCCCUUCACAUAUCCAACUGCAACAUCCCGUGCGAGACGGUCCCCAUCGCAGCAAAGAAGCAGGUGGUUGCCACAUGGGUGCAGAUCAAGAGGCUGUUGCAACAGCAGAUCUGCUCAAAGAUCGACAUUAAAGAUGAGUGCGUGAAUGAGGAAGAGUCGACAAUGACGCGCGUGCUGGUUGGAGUGGAGAUGCUCCAGUGCAAUAGGAACCCGAGCCAUAUGGAGAUCACUGUUCCCAGUCUCUCCGCACUGGUGAGCAUGGCGUCAGAAUGCAGCUGGACGGACGCUGUGGUAGAGUUGCAGGUGUGGUGCCAGCUGGCUGCGUUCUGUCACUAUGCCAAGGACCACAGCCUGGUGCUGUGCUACACCAAGCGUGCUCUGCAGCUGGAGGAGGCAGCAGCAAAGAGCAUCAACACUAUGCCCUGUCUUUUGUAUGACCUGACUGCAGUGAAUGCGUUGCUGAGCACUGCAGCCUGUUUUAGGGGUUUAAGCUUAGUCCAUGAGUCCAACGGAGAUCUACACACACACAAAGAGGCAAUGAAGGUGCUUCUGUCCAGUGUCAGCUAUGCAGAAAAGGCUGAGAAUCCAGCAUUGUGUGUCAGAGCUGCCAGACAUUACUGGAACACUUGUCUACCCCUGUCACAGACUCCUGAGGAGAGAUGGCAACUCCGAGAUCCCCUGGAGAAGAUCCUGAAGGCUCUGGUCCAUACUACCACCAAACGUAGAAAAAAACAGGCCGCAGUGAAAGGCACGCUGCCACUUGGGAGUUCUAAACUUGAAGCAACAGCAGAUGAAGAGGACCUUACCCUGAGCGCAGGCAUUUACACUUUGCUGCUCCACAUCCACGUUGAUAAAUGUGACUGGAAAAGUGCUCUGCAGCUGAUGGACAAAGCCCAAAGAGACAUGCCUCGCACCAGACACAGACUACCUCUGCUGAAAUAUCGUAUUCUGGUGAAAGCCAAAGUCGGAGAAAGUGUACUGAUGGACAUUCAGAAACUUCAAGACGAAGGAGAGCAGUGCUGUUCGUUAAUGUGGCAUCAGGUGGCACUGCGUGCUGGCAAUAUAACACAACAGCUGACUUGCUACAAGAAAUCCAUUACCUCUCUGUUGAGCACAGAGGCUCAGUGGCAAAAGGUCAACCUUGUGCUCGAGUUUGGACAGUGGCUUUACUGUCACAACUUCCCCAAAGCCAGUGCCCAGCACCUGGUUCAGUGGGCCAUCGACAUCCUUCUACACUUGGAACCUGAAGAGGCGGAAGGGGCAGAGGACGAGUCCAAAAAGAGAGGUUCGAGGACAGAUGAACAGGAGUCCUUGGUUGGAGUCCAGGGCUCGUUAUUCAUACAAAAUCUGUCCAAUCUGAAGGAAGUGCGACGCCUUGACGGCCUAGUCCGAGCACACACUCUGCUUGCCGUCAUGGCAGACAGGACUUCACCUGAGCAUGAGCUGAACCUGCUCAAGGCCUACACCUUUGUGCUUCAAAUAUGGCAGGUUUCAAUGGCUGUGGCUCUUGAGGAUCCCAGUGAAAUAGUGAUGGCUCUGCCACUCCGGCCUCCUUCUACUGCAUCCAAAAAGGGCAAAGGCAAGAGCAGGAAAGAUGUAAAAGAAUCAACCCCUGCAGAAGACAGAGGUAAACCUGUUGUCCUGGAUCAGACAUUUCCGUCUUCUACGAAGGACUGGGCUUGCUACAUGUGUCCGGAUCACACCAGGCAGAUAUUCAGAACCAGCAGUAACCCCCACUGUAUCAAUACACACAGCAUUACAAAGCAGAGUCUAAGCUUGUCCUUUCUCAACCUGCUGGAAAAAGAGCUCCACUCGCUCUCACUUGAUCACCUGACCCUGCCCGUCAUGCAUCUCGCAGAAACCAUAGCUCACGACCUUUUGGAUCGGAGGAGCCUCUCCGAUCUCUACCGACUUAGAAUUCUGAGGACCUGCUGUCUGCUGAAUUUGGAGACACCGUAUCAGGGGAAUCUCUCGGAAUUGUGCCGAAUCCAGGAAGAAGAGCAGAUGAGGUGCCACAAAGUGAUCGCUCUUUCAAAGGACAAGAGAGUGCUUUGCGAAGUUCACAAUCAGAAAGCUGAGAUGGAUGAAAACGUUGGGCCUGGGCAACAGGGACGGAGUGUGUGCGCUCAGGACAUUUGGCUGGACAAAGCUGAGGUUUGCCUCAGCCUGGAGCUCUAUCAAGCGGCCCGACAGCUCAUGACAGAGGCUCACUUCGUGGCAAGGGAGUUUGGAGAUCAGAAAGCGAUGGCGAGAAGUUUGCUCAGUCAGGCCACUUUGGCUUGUGAAGAGCAGAACCAUGCCCAAGCUCUGAUCCUGCUGGACAAAGCCCGAGGCCUCAGUGGGGGUGAAGAGUUCUGGUACCAACUCACCCUCACCAAGGUUAGAGCUGUGGUGGGCCAGAGACACCAAGAUGCACAAGCCAAGGCUGAUCAGAUUAUAAAGCAAGGCUGUGGGGCUCUGAAGCUGGUCCUGGAGCAGCAGGUUAACAGAGUCCCAGAGCUCACAUUCUUGAUCACCUCUUUGGAGAUGAGAGGUGCCAUGGAAAGUAUAUGUGCCUGUGGUGGUGGUGAAGCUGGAGAGACACUCAGCACUGAGACGGUCCAGAGGCUAAUAGCUGCCUGCGAUACUCUCAGAGAGUGUGCCAGUAGUUUCACUAACCUCGGAUACAGACAACAGGCAGCAGAGGCACAUGCAGAGUACGCACAUGGUGUGAGAAUUUUAGCCAACCAUACCAACCAUAAAGAGGAUAAACAGCGCCUCCUGCUCGAUGGCCUCUCUCAGUUGCAGCUGGCUGUCACAGUGCAGGAACGUGUGGUGCUGAAUGCUCAGAGUCUGCUCCCCCCACAGGAGGUGGUAAAUAAAACUCAUGGAAUUUCGCUGCCAGCUAAGCGGAGGCUGCUGCGCCUGCGGCUGCUCCUGGCAAGGUUCUGUCUGGCCGUGCUGGAGGAGCUUUGUGCUGAGGAGAAGUGCCAAGCUCUUUCCCGUGAGACAAAAAACUCUUCUGAGAUAGCACUGGAGGAGUUUGCACGCUGCACACCUGAGCCAAACUCGAUAGAACAGGAAUGGGUGAGUGUGGGCAGUACUGUGGGGCAGGUGGCUCUGGGCCAGCUGGCUGCAGUCAGUUCCCACUCCUUGGACAACAUGGAGACUAGAGCUCGCUACCUCGGUCUGAUGGGAAAGUACCUGAGACUGCUGGCUGUGCAGGAGGACCCUCUGUAUCUGUGUGCUCUCUGGGACAAACACAAGCAUGAGGAGGCAUGGUCUGACCCCAGAACCAUUUCUGUUGAGGAGAAUUCAGAGAAAGACAGAGAAUCAAGCAGAAAAGAGCGAAGGAUGAUCUCUGCUAAAACUGUUGAGCUGCAGCGGAGAAGGUGUAGAGCCCAGCAGCUGUUGGCUCAGGCCACUAAAGCACUCGCUGAAGCUGUCAGCCUGUGUCUCCAACAUAAACUGCCCUCGUCUAUCCUGGCUGAAGCCUCUAUCAACAUGUUGGACUGUCAUGGCCAGUCUGAACCUGCAGUGGCAGGUCAAUACCUUGCCUUGUUUCAGAGCUGCUGCACGGUUGCCGUGAUGGCCAAAGUCCUGAAUUCUGCCUGUACUGACACCAGCGUGUCCCAGCUCUCCGCGCUGCUCAGCCUCCACAGGAAACUGCUCCUCUCUCAGGAGGAGAGGCCCAGCAGCAUGCUGAAGGGAGCAGAGGACUCCCUUAACAGCUUCUCCAAGGCCUUCAGCCAGUUGACCAUUAAUCCCAACCACCUAAACAUCCUUGCAGAGCUCCCAUCCAACCUGAAAAUCCUGCUGCUUCAGCACUCUGAAGAUGGCUCAGAACUUUAUGGGGGCUUCUAUGAGAUGACCAAAGCUCCAGAAAAUCAAAAAGGAAAGACUCCGCAGGUUACAGCUACCCUGACGUGCUCUAGAGUGGCCAAGGUUUCAGCCUGCCCACAGGCUCUGCUGGCACUGAGGGAGCAGUUCCUUGCCUUUGCUGAGGGCAGAGUGGAGACCCCGGAGAAGCGGCAGGCCGUUCCUUGUAAAACUGCUGGUGACGAAAAGUUAGCACCUCACUUCAACAAAAUUGUACAAGAUAUGGAAGACUAUUUGAAUCCACUCCUCACACAGUUUGACUCUUGCUUGAGGCUCCAGUGUGCACCAGUACCAUUUCCUGAAAUGACCAACCCCAAACAUAACGAAGAAAAAGUGAGCUCACCUAAUUUACCAACAGAACCAGGGGAAUAUGUGGUGUUGCUGGCAGACAGGAAGUUGCUGGAGUUGCCGCUGGAAUCCUUGUCCAUCCUGCGGCAGGAAGGCUUGAGCUCCGUGUCGCGAGACUUUUCUGUCCAGCUUCUCCACAGUCGACUGAACCAACUACAACCAGAGAAAGUUGAAAAUGACAACAAAAAGGAGACCAAAGGUGGCAAGGGAACUAAGGGGAAGGGAGAUCAAAGUCAAGGCAUCAAAGUGACUUCUGCCAACCGGGCCUCACCUUCAAACACUUUACCAGUUGAUGCACGGAACGUAAAGUAUAUCGUUGACCCUUACAAUGAAGGCAACUUUGAAGGGACCAGUCUGAGCACGAGGAUGAGCGAGAUUUUGGAAACCCAAAGCAAGCAUUUCCCCCAUCUGUGGGAGGGCUUCAUGGGCAGCAAACAAACGCCCAGUCCAUCCGAGAUGGAGCAGCUGUUGUGCAAAUGCAGUGUCUUUAUUUACCUGGGGACGGAGCGCUUCACAGCAACAAUUCCACCUGCCAAACUAGCAGCCCUCACUCUCUCUGACUGCCAGAUAGCUCUGCUCUUUGAGCAGCUGCAGAACAAUGCCGGCAUUCUCCGCCAGUCAAUCCUUGACACGCACAAGAUUGCGGGACAGUUUGCCCUGCAGAAACCCCUGGAGACGGCUCUGCUGUUGAGUUUGGGUGGUGUCGGCUGCGUUGUCCUCAAUCAGUGGCACAGCAGCCUUCAACAGAACACACACAAUAUGGCCACUGUUCUAGACAAUCUAGUGAAGGGCAGACAGACGUCUGGUCAGACUGUCCAUGCCUCGCGGAAAGCGAGCAGUUCAGAGACGACACAUCACAUGGUUACAAGACCAUAUGAUCUCCUCACUGACUCCGAGGAAGAUGAUGUUCACCACAAAGUGACUCUCGCACCAUCCGCCUUCAACAGUAUACUUUAUGGAAUCCCUAACUUUGUUUUCAUGUAAUAUACUGUUUCCGUCUCAGUUAUAUUUCACGGCUCAAGAUGAUUACAUGCAGACGUGUCAGCUGGCUUUGCAAAUUAUUCCGUGUGCAAAAAACCAAAGCUACCGCAGUAUGCAGGGGUUAAACAUUCCAUUAAAAUGAUUCAUUACUUUCA